CUGCUUCUUACGACUUUUCUUUUGUUGUUGCCUUGACCCGGGUCUGUUUUCUCGUUUGUUGUUUGAGGUGUUUUACUGCUGCACCGGCUCUACGCUCUCCACCUCUUUCUCUGUGGUUUAACCUUCCUCUUUCCCCAGUGUGUUUUAUGCACGGAGAACUACGUUGAGAUUUUGCAUUUCUUCCCCUCCGCACUCCGCACCCCCUCCUCUUUGAAAAACAAAAACCCAACCUCACAAAACCUCUAAGGACCGCGGUAGCGAGACGUAGAGGGGUUGAUUUGUGGAGUAGGAGUCGCUGGCCCAUUGCGGUGCUUGGGACUCAUUAAACUGUCACUCACCCCCCACCCCACUGGGUAAAUGGGGUGAUUAAUGUCUGAUAUAUUGGAUUGGGGCGAGGGCGUUUGUGGAGAAUAGGUUGUGUGGCUGAGAAGGAAUUUGUCUCUAAAGAGUGCCUCCUGAAAUAGGCAUUCAGAAUUAUGUCACUCACCGCGAAGUUAGAGAAAGUUAGGUUUGUGACUUUGGGGGAACGAGAAGGACAGAGUCGUUGGUUUUAGUUACUCUGUAACUCUUUGCCACAGUUUUCUAAUGAGAACGGAGUGAUUAUCAGCGAGACUGGGACACUUGUGCCUCAGGCCCUAGCCAGCCCUUUUUCUUCUCCUCACCCUUCUCCGAGUGUGGAGAUGUAUUUGACAUUCACAGAUGUCCCUCCUGCCCGGGUUGCGUUACAAUUUCAUGACCCAUUCGAAAAGGCCCACAAAGUCUAGCGAAAGUUUCCCAAACUUGCUAGACCUGGCUUUUUUUUUUUUUCCCCCUCUUUUGAAAGAUUUUCUUGUGAUCAUGAACAUUACAGAGUGACCCAAAAAAAGAUUGUUAUGGGACAUAGAUCAAGGGGAAGACAAGGUUCUGCUUUUUCUGAGCAGAUAGAUCAGAUAGGCAGGUACAACAUUUGUUUUCAGUGACGCUGGCAGGCUGUAUCAGUUUAUUAACUUGUCUCGUUGGACCGAAGCACUUUCCAGGAUUUCAGAAAGUACAGUUUCAGCUUGUUGAUACUGAGAAUUGAAAUUUGCAUUAACUGUGGCUGUGUGAGAAAUUUUACUGAGAAGGUAGUUGUGGAUAAGUAGUUCAAUAAGAGUGAAAUAAGAAGGUGAACUAGGUUGAAGUCAUAAUUCUAAAUAAGUCUUCCAACAUUUCUGAGACAUCCCAUUAUCAGCAGGAAAAAAAAAAUGAAAGUGCCAUAAUAAUGUUGAAAUGGGGCUGGCAAUGUCAAGUGGUUUGGUUUAAAAAUAUUCCAGAACUGCCUUUAGAAGUAAAGGUUGGCGUUGAAUAAAAGUGAAUACUGGAUUUCUUGAAUAGCACGGUGGUUUGAGUGUGCUUGUCAGUAUAUAAGGCAGUCCACCAACUGAAGACAGAAGUGUUGCUAUUCCAUAAAUACAGUAGAACUUCAUAUGCUGAGUUUUUUCAAUUUCCUCUGUUAGAAAGUUUGGACAAAAAAGGGAGACUUUGAAGUAUUUUGUUUAUACUAACAGAAAAGUUCCCCUAAGAAAAAGCUGGUGGCAGGAGUGUAGAGGAGUAGCAUAUGGCAUUAAAAGGAGCACAGCUGGAGGUAGCAUUUCCAUCUGAACAUGAUGUCAGAGCAGCUGACAGCCUGCCAUCCCUCAGCCUUUUAUUCUAACACACAGACAGGGAGUUAGUGUGUGCGGAUCUGUGGUGGAGAAGGUAUCUCAUUCCUCUCUAACAUCAUCUCCACUUUGCAUCUGUCUCUCUUAGUCUGCUUUUUUCCCACCGAUGUAACAGACCUGGAGCCAGCAAGACUCAGAGGAAAGGACUUAAUCAGGUUUAUGUGUCCUAAAGGUAGGAGUAGCAAUAGAUUAGACUGAGCAUAUUUCUGUUUUGGUGUUUUGUUUAUUUAAUUAAAAAAAAUCACAUUCCUUUUCUAACCCAGUUUAGAAGUAAUAUAUGAAAUUGAGUAUUAAAUGAACAUCUUACUGGAGUUGAAAGGCUUGGGCUUGUUUAGUUUUAAUUUUUAUCCCUUUUACUUGAGUGAGUAACUUUAAUACACAGAAAUAUUUCAAGUUUUGAAAUGUUAAGAAAGACUUUGAAAUACUGCUUUUUGAGAUCACUUUGGAUUAAAAUGCUUUUUUUUCCUCCCCCCCCCCACUGCUAUUUAGAUUCCUUUUGCUUUUAGGGGGAGAAAUAGUAAACUGUCUGGAAUCAAGCAUUCAAACUUCUAUGAGAAGAUUAUUGUAGUUAAGAAGCUAGAUUGUUGUGUAAUUAAUUCCACUGUGAAACUUUAUUCUUCAAAACAUACAGCAGCACUGCUGAAACAUACAGCUGUAGUGCUUUUGAAACCGAAGGUUUUUUUUUAAAGGGGGGGGGGACUUUUGUCCCCAGGAGAAUAGUUUGACUGGUUUCCUCAUUUCUCUUUCAAAUAUAUAUUUAAGAGAUCUUUUAUUUCAGCAUAACAAUAAUUAUUUGCAGGAGUUUUUGUGUUAGUGACUAAUUUAGAACUUGCAGAUUUGAGCUGCCUGAAUUGGCCAGACAGCUGUAAUCGCACUCUUCUAUUCUUAAUCUCUUUAUCUGGGCAGCAGCUGCCAUAUGGCCACAGUCAGCUGGAUCAGAUGUUUAUAAGCUUCCUUCUUCAUCCCUCUCUGUCCUCUCAGCCUCCUAAUUUGAUCACGGCUACCUUGUGAGCUGCCCUACAAUCUUUAUUUUUAGCCCUCUCAAGGAUUAGGAUUGAUGUUAGCUGUGGGGCACUUAAAGUGAUUGUAUUGUAAAUCUUGGUUUAUGCUAGCAGUGGCAUCUUGCAGAAUGGAAUUGGGGUUAGAAUGAAAGUUUUAGUCUAUCUUGGGUAAAGUGUAGAAGAGGAAGAGUAGUGAUUUCUGAACAUUAGAUUUAAUAUAUAUCUAUUCUCAAAAUGCACUUUCUGAGGUGGAUGGUGUGGAGUUUUGCUUCUGGUCACAGGAAAGGGAAGUUGGGUUUUCUUUAUUUUUAAGGAGUUUACCCAUUGCAGUUGAAUAUUGACCCUUUGUACAUCUUUGCCUUUCCUCUGCCUCGAAUUCACCCUCCCUCACCAGAAAACCAGGGCAACAAUGCCUAUUUGAAAGAAUAGAAGCUAGUGGGAAAACAAAAUAUAUCAAGUUAUGUUGAAACAUAGUAUUUUCUGUUGAUUGAGUUAAAGAUUCAAAAAAAAAAAAAAUAAAGUUUCUCUUUUUCUAGAAAGGCUUUUUUUUGGGAGGGGUGGUAUUGAACCUGUAAGCUUUUGAGUUUCAUUUGAAAGUGGUAUGUCUGUAUUUAAAGUUCGAAUUAAUUUUAAUAGGGAAUUCAUCUUGCUUUGCAACGGAUCAAAGUUAAGAUGAGAAUUUUCAAUGAAGUAAAGCCCCUCUGGUGCCUGAGAUUCUAGAAGGACAGAGUCUACAAAGCAAUAUAACCGUUUUUCCCCCUCAAUUCAUUUUAAAAAAAGCUUUGGAUUUGUUCAUAGUAAAGAUGAUCUUUUCCAUCUGUUGGUGUCGUUCCUUCUGAUCUUGUACAUGUGUGCUGUACCUGCAAAUCUUAAGGCAUUAACAUCUGUUUUUAUACACAAGGCUUUUGUUGUUGUAACACUCGGACUUUCAAAGUAAGUUGUUUGCUAAUUUCUGCACUAAUUAUGCAAUUGCAUUUUUUUCUGGAUUCAGCCAAAUGUGUGUGUGUUUAAAUUGUGCUUUCUGAGUGCAGUCAAGUCUCAAAAGUAAUAAAAUAAAAAGGGUGACUGAACAAGUUUUCUUAAUCUUCCAGAAUGUGUUCAGGACUUGCCUUUGUUCAUCCUAUGGGCUGUUCCCUUUGAAACAGCAGCUAUUUUGUAGGUUUUGUAGGACAUAAUUUGAUGAGUAGAAUUAAUUAAAUUUCUCCUGAAAGAGAUCUCAAUUCUUACUCAGUGAAAGGCUGUAGUUAAAUUGAGGCUUUGAAAACUUGUCGAAAAGUUCACGGAAGGUCGAGCUGCAUCUGAGACCGUUUUCCUGGGGUUAUGAAGACAGUAUGGAGUUUCCAGACCACAGUAGACAUUUGCUGCAGUGUUUGAGCGAGCAGAGACAUCAGGGCUUUCUCUGUGACUGCACUGUUCUGGUGGGAGAUGCCCAGUUCCGAGCGCACCGAGCUGUACUGGCUUCAUGCAGCAUGUAUUUCCACCUCUUUUACAAGGACCAGCUGGACAAAAGAGACAUUGUUCAUCUGAACAGCGACAUUGUUACAGCCCCAGCUUUCGCUCUCCUGCUGGAAUUCAUGUAUGAAGGGAAACUCCAGUUCAAAGACUUGCCCAUUGAAGACGUGCUAGCAGCUGCCAGUUAUCUCCACAUGUAUGACAUUGUCAAAGUCUGCAAAAAGAAGCUGAAAGAGAAAGCCACCACAGAGGCAGACAGCACAAAAAAGGAGGAAGAUGCCUCAAGUUGUUCAGACAAAGUCGAGAGUCUCUCAGAUGGCAGCAGCCACAUGGCAGGCGAUUUGCCCAGUGAUGAAGAUGAAGGAGAAGAUGAAAAAUUGAACAUCCUGCCCAGCAAAAGGGACUUGGCGGCUGAGCCCGGGAACAUGUGGAUGCGAUUGCCCUCAGACUCAGCAGGCAUCCCCCAGGCUGGCGGAGAGGCUGAGCCCCACGCCACAGCAGCUGGGAAAACAGUAGCCAGCCCCUGCAGCUCAACAGAGUCUUUGUCCCAGAGGUCUGUCACCUCCGUGAGGGAUUCAGCAGAUGUUGACUGUGUGCUGGACCUGUCUGUCAAGUCCAGCCUUUCAGGAGUUGAAAAUCUGAACAGCUCUUAUUUCUCUUCACAGGACGUGCUGAGAAGCAACCUGGUGCAGGUGAAGGUGGAGAAAGAGGCUUCCUGUGAUGAGAGUGAUGUUGGCACUAAUGACUAUGACAUGGAACAUAGCACUGUGAAAGGAAGUGUGAGCACUAAUAACAGGGUACAGUAUGAGCCGGCCCAUCUGGCUUCCAUGAGGGAGGACUCGGUCUUGAGGGAGCUAGAUCGGGAGGACAAAGCGAGCGAUGAUGAGAUGAUGACCCCAGAGAACGAGCGAGUCCAGGUGGAAGGGAACAUGGACAGUAGUUUGCUUCCUUAUGUCUCAAACAUACUGAGCCCUGCUGGCCAGAUCUUCAUGUGCCCUCUUUGCAACAAAGUCUUCCCCAGCCCCCACAUCCUGCAGAUCCACCUCAGCACGCACUUCCGCGAGCAGGACGGCAUCCGCAGCAAGCCUGCGGCCGAUGUCAACGUCCCGACGUGCUCCCUGUGUGGUAAGACUUUCUCUUGCAUGUAUACCCUGAAGCGCCACGAGAGGACUCACUCGGGGGAGAAGCCCUACACUUGCACCCAGUGUGGCAAGAGCUUCCAGUACUCCCACAACCUGAGCCGCCACGCCGUGGUGCACACUCGCGAGAAGCCGCACGCCUGCAAGUGGUGUGAGCGCAGGUUCACACAGUCUGGAGACCUGUACAGACACAUUCGGAAGUUCCACUGUGAGUUGGUGAACUCCUUGUCUGUUAAAAGCGAAGCACUGAGCUUACCUACUGUCAGAGACUGGACCUUAGAAGAUAGCUCUCAAGAACUUUGGAAAUAAUUUUAUAUAUAUAUAUAUAUAUAUAUAUAUAUAUAUAAAUAAUAUAUAUACAUAUAUAUAAAUAGAUCUAUAUAUAGUCGUGGUACGGUCUAAAAGCAGUCUUGUUUCCUUGAACUAAAAAGUUGGGAUAUUAACUUGUUUUUGCACUUUAGAAUAGCAUGAGACUCUCACUAAUUUAGCAUUCUGAUAAAAGAAACUUUAGCGCAAGUCAGAAAAUAGAGAGGUGUUUUUCUUUUGUGGGGGUAGGGGAGGUAAGCCAGUAAGAACCUUGUAAACAAAUCGUUGUAUCACAAAAUGCUUUACUAUGGCUUAAUUUUGUCAACACUGCAUUGUCUUUUGAAAUCUUUUCUCCCCCCCUCCACAGUUUUUUUCUUUUUUUUUUUUUUUUAAAGUAGAAAUUCCCUCCAGUUUUAUUAGCCUCUUUAUAUGUCUCAAAUUGCAUGAAAUCUUUUCUGGCUGUUGGAAACCUGAAUGCUUUUAGACCCAAAUGGAAAAUUUCUGAAAUGCUGGAUUAUCUAUUUUUAAACAAGCAGUUGACUUAAAACUUUCUGUGGCAACUUCUGGUUUUCUGACGGUCCCAAUGAGAGAAAUUCUGACAGUACACUGGGAUCACUGGGACCUGUCUUUGUGAAGGUUUGCUUGGGAUGAAAAAGGAUAUUGCAGCUUCAGCAGUGUUGAACUGUGUGUUUAAAAAUGUGAAUUACUGUUAUUGUAUACUGUAAUUGAUUACAUGGGCUGGGGGGGGUGUCAAAGAACUUGACAGGUUGUGUUGAUGCUCUUAGUUGAGUCUUGAAAAGUAAAUAUUAACGCUACAGAAAUGCAUGAGUUUCAGUAUAUUUUUGUCUUUGUUUGCAUUGUAUAACUUUAACGAGUGAGUUUAAAAUUAUUUAAUUUCCUUAGAGAAAUAGCACCAUUUGGAAACUGGUGUUAUGAAGAACAUAAAUGCACUGUUUUUAUUUUAUUUUAUAUAAUUUAAAUUGACUUUCCCACUGUCUUUUAAGUUGAAACUGUUAAGCUGAAAACUUAAGCUGCAAAUUGGUAACUUCGCUACAUAACAAGGAAAAUAUAAAUGUUUACAAACGGCUUAAAGAUUUGCAUGUGCGGUGUGCAUUUAUAACAAACUCCUGAUUGCACAAAACCCAUGCCAGCUCAAAGUUUAGGUGUACACAUUUACCCCGUUGAGCAUUUUUAGAAUAACUACUGCACAAAUUGACAAUAGGUCAUUCUUUUUGUUGUUGUUGUUGCUCCCCUUUUCUUUUUCUCCCCUUCUUCCUUCCCCUCCCUCAUCCCCCUCCACCACCCGCCCCCCCCACUCAUGAAAAGAUUCUAUGGACUGAAAAAGCCCCAGGCGGAAAGGACUGGACUGCCUUGAUUGACAUGGGGAAGGGGGUUAGUAGACUAUGUGUAUCGCGGCAGCAGAGGCUGCAGCCCGACGUGUGGUUUGAUGACCAGCACGCAGGGCAAAAGCAUUUUGCACAGUGUUUGUUUUCCUGUCUUGCACUUACAAAUAAGGUCUAUGGAGUAGCAUGGAAAACGUUUGCUGUUUUUCCCCUUUUUUUUUUUUUAAUUGCUUUUGUUUAAAAUUUGAUCGCCUUAACUACUGUAAACAUAGCCUAUUUUUGUGCUUAAGAUACUGAAUGGAAAACUCCAUUGUGUGUUGCUGGACUGUUUUGGAAAUAUUUGGUCAAAUGUGUGUUAAUUUGGCUGUAAUGGCAUUUAAAGCAAACAAACAAACAAAAAAAGCUGUGAAAAUGGCCUUGGAGCAUUAUCUUUAGUUACUUGAAGAGUUUCUAGUUUUUUUUAAAAUACAGUUUAUGUUAAGAUAAUUUUUAUUAAUUUAGAGAAGACAAUCAAUGUCUGUGAGAAAACGGACUUUCUUUUGGAUUUUCUUUUUGUGGUCGUUGUGAGUGAUUGCUUUUUCCUCUUAUUAGUUUCACAUUCUUCCUUUGUUUUAAAAACUUAGACUGACAUCUAGCUUUGACAAUCAUAGUAUGUUUUAUUUUCCUGAGGGGGGAAUAACUUAUAAUGCUGUUUAGUUUUGUACUAUUGGUGUGUUGGUGAAUUUUUAAACUGUGUGCUAACUGCAAUAAAUUAUAUGAACUGAGAAUCUUGUGUGUAUUCUUUGAAUUGUGAUAAGGUAUUACAUAGAUUCUAAACCUGUAUCGCACACGGCCUCUUUAUUUUAGUAUCAAUUCUAUUCAGUUUAUGCAGUUAUUAGAAUGCACUCAAAUGGAAAUGCACAAACAUUUUUGCAUCAAGCCAUUUAAGAAGAUACUAAAUGCACGUUUUAAAAAUGACCCAUUUUCUAGAAUCUACAUCAAGAAUGUUGAGGUAAUUCCCUAGAAACGUAUGAAUCCACAAAACUUCAAGUGGCAACAUAGGUUUUUCAUAGUAUGCUUCACAAGUACUAAUCUGUACACUACAAGUCACUUUCCAUGUGUAAUUUUAUCCUAAGUUGAUUGGUCAAAUCUAUUCUGUGUUCUGGUUUAAGUGGAAAAUUGAAGGAGACCGGAUGUCUUAAUUUGGAAGACUGCUUGGCUAAUGACUGGAAUUCUAGGCAAUCGAGUUAGCAGGCAUUCAGAUUGUAAGAGAUUAGUUUUAUGCAUCCUUUCUGCUGCUGGGAGAAUGCAAAAGGUUCCAGGUUUUAAUUCUCAAGUUUUAAUUUAAAAAUAUUAAACGUAGGCAACCGUUAAAAGGAAUCCAUUCCCGAAUUUUUGUGAUAGUCCUAACAUCAUGUUGCUCUAGUUGAGCUUGCCAGGGUGAGAAACAGUGCUUAUUGACCUAGGAAAUUGACUGGAACACCCCACACUUGCUGGAGGGUACUGUGGAAGAAUUAUCACAUACGGUCCCAAGAGUAGGCAGUGACAGGGUCGGACCUAGGAGAUUCUCGUAAUCCUGAUAAUCUGUAAUUGUCCAUAACUUCCAACCUCCAAGACACAGAAAUAGUUUUACAUUACUGCUGUCAAAAAUGAAAUCUACAGUUGUAUUAAAUGUUCUUUAGAAAGGUUAAUAUUCUUCUAUAGAAGAAGUAGAAUAUAAGGUCUGGAGCUUGAAAAUGCACCAUGCAUACCAUCCCUGAUGGCUUUGGAUGGGAAUCCAAAAAAGAUUUUAUCACAAAGCACAGUCAAUAAUUUACAAUUUGGAAUCCUCCAUUUCUUUUUUUGUUGUUGUUGAAACAGAAUUUCUCUUACAUGCAACUCACUUGGUUUUAAUCAACUGGACAUUGUUUCACACGAAAGGGGUAUGUACGUUUGACCUUCACAAAAUUUCUCGAGCAGUUAAACGCUUAAAAAAAAAAAAAGAUGGGAGGGAGGGCUUUGUAUUUUCUAUUUUCGUUCCCGUAGUAAUUGGUGAAAGCAUCUCAAAGCUUCCUGAAUAUGUUGAGAGUUCACUUUAUAUUUUAGUUUACUAACCCCACUCCGUAGGUCCAUUCUGAUCAUAGCAACCCUAUAGGACAGAGUAGAACUGCCCCAUAGGGUUUCCAAGGCUGUAAAUCUUUACAGAAGCAAACCGCCACAUCUUUCUCCCACAGAGUGGCUGGUGGGUUUGAACCAUCGACCUUUUGGUUCGUAGCCGAGUGUUUUAACCACUGUGCCACCAGGGCUCCUCAUUUACUGACUGGCAUCUAAUAAUUGCGGAGCAUUACCUUAACGAGCUUAACUGGAUAUAGUUAAAAAACAAUAUUUUGACACGUAAUUUAGAAGACAUUAUAUUUCUUAAAACAUUCUUUGCAAAAAACUCUGGAUAUUAAUUACACAAAUUGCCACAUUUGAUAAGUGGACUGAAGGAAUUAGUUGCUCACUACAUUAAAAUUAUCUAAUUAAUUUGUCAUGUAGUCAUGUUGGAAACCAUUCAAACUGAUCCCCCCUUUGACAUCUGGCUGAUACAUAAGUAUAUUUUAAAUAUGUGGUUUCAUUUACUUUUGAAAACAUCUGUUCUUUUAGAUAAUCAGUUAUGCCCUGAAUCAUCCAUGUGGGCCAGCAUCAUGUGCUAGGUGUACCCUAGGGAAUAUCCAAGAAGUAUAAGACAUUAAGGAUACUGGUUUUGGAUUUCCUUUCUAGUUAAUUAUGCUAUCAGAUGAAUAGGUGGAUCAAGUAGAGUUUUUCUUCAACAGACUUGUCGUGAACAUCUACAAACAGGUUAUUGGAAGAUUAGAAAAAAGUGAACACUAUAUUAAAAAUACAACAGCUCACAUUAAAAUGAAAUACUCUUUUUCCAAGUAAAUCUUUUGUACUACUAGCAAAGAAAUAGUUUUUUUUUUUGACCCAAGAAGUAACACUACUUACAAAGUCGUGAUCUUCCAAGUUUUAUUGAUAAAAAACACAUAAGCUAUUAAAAAGAAAACUUGACUUAAAAAAAAAAAA